AUGAGCUUAGUUAAUAACAAUCUUAAAAUUAAAACAGCUAGCUUUUGCUAAGAUUAAAAUAAUAUUUUAGAGUAGCUUUUAAUUUAUUUGUAAAAUAAUUACAAAUAAUUUUAGGAUUUAAACUACUUUUACGACAAUUCAUUUUAUUUAGUUUUAACUUCAUUAAAUGCAUAAAGAAAUUAGGAAGUUGGUUUAAUUAUUCAUAGAUUAAAAAAAACUGAAAAAAUUGAAAACUAAUACUCUUCUUUACAUGAAAUAAACUAAAUAUAAAAUUAAAUAUAAUUUGGUUAAAUUUUUAGUUCGUUCAUGAUUAUAAUUUAAACUGAAGAAAGUCAUGAAUUAGAAUAAAACUAAAAUUUUUUUCAAGAAGCCUUUUUUGUCCAAGAAUUAAGAAUUAUAAAUAAUUAAAAUUAUAAAAAAGAGAACAAGGUUUUCACUCUUGAUGAAAUAAAUAAGGAGAAUUCUUUAAUGGUAUCUUAACUUAUGAUAGAUUGUGAUUGGAAUCAAAAAUUUGAAUAUUAUGAAGAAAAUUUUAUCUAAAAGUUGGAAAUGUGUAAAAAUCUGAAUAGUUUAAAUUACUAAUAACUAUAUAGUGAAGUUUCUGAAGAAGAUCUUAAUAAAAUAUUCCUAAAAAUAGAAAAAUGUGAAAAUUUUAUUGAUCUAACACUAUAUUUCAAGAUAUAAGACUCAACAAUUGAUUUUGAUAGUUAUCUCAAUAAGCUUUAAAAUUUAAAUAAAUUGGUUAAUUUAAAUAUAAAAAUAUAAAAUACAAUUAAUUAAAUUAAAUUCAGUAGUAUUGGAAAUUUGUCACAGUUAAAUCAACUUUCAAUCAUUAGAUACAAUUCGCUUAUCAAAAACUAAUUUGAUCUACAAAGUUUAGCAGAAGCAAUAUCAAAGCUUAAAAAUCUAAAUCACUUGACAAUUCACCUUUAAGAUGAAGAAAAUUAAUUGAAUUCAUUUUUUUAAGGUUUUCCAAAAAGUUCAAAUAUCAUUUAUCUUAAUUUAGAACUUACGUUGGAUUUCUAAGGUUAAGAAUGGACAAAUUAUUUUGGGAAAAUGCUAGCAAAUCAAAUCUAUUUAAAACAAUUAACUAUUUCUAUAAAGUAGAAUGAUGUUAAAUAAAAUAGUUUUAGAUCUUUAAUUUCUUCACUAUAGUAUUUGAAAUAUCUUACAGAUUUAAAUAUUACUCUUAAAUUCAGCUCCAUUAAUUUAUAAGGGGUUGGUGAUGAAUUAUCAAAGUGUAAAAAUUUAACUUUUUUUACUUUCCAUCUAAUCCGAUCAGACGACAUAUUAGCUUAACCUUAGGAACUGAUUAAUGGCUUAGUAGAACUUCCGAAAUUAAAAGUUUUAUAUCUGAAUUUCUAAAGUAUAUUGGAAGACAAUAAUAUUUUGACCUGCUGCUGUAACUUACUCUCAAAGAACACCAAUAUAGAAAAAUUUAAUCUAUAAUCUGAGGGAUUUGUAAUUAUUGAGGACAAAAUUAUAGUUGAAGAACAAAUAAAAAACCUAAAGUCUCUUAAAUUUCAUUUUCGUUUUUAAAAUUAGAAAAUAGGAUACUUUACUCAGUUUUUGUAGAAAUGUUCUUAACUUAACAAAUUAAAACUCAAUCUAUCAAACACUGAUAUAAAAUUUGAAGGCUUAAUUGAAUUAGGAAAAUGCAUAAAAACAAUGAGUAAUUUAUACUCAUUUUAAUCUGAUUUUAGCUUUGGCGAAUAAGAAAAUUAAGCAUUCAUACAAUUCUUUGAGCUCUUAUAGCAAUGUUAAAAUUUAAAAAGACUGAAAAUGAGAAUGUGGCAUGUUGAUUUAAGUUCUGAUGCUUGUAUUUAAAUUGCAAAAUAGUUAGCUGUUUUUCCUAAAUUAACUCAACUUCGUUUUGUCAUAUCAUCGUUAUCUCAAUAAACUGCAGAUUCUAUGGUUAAGAUUCUAAUUAAUAACUAAUUAAUUAAUCUGCUUGCAAUAGGUCUAAAUCAAGUAUAUGGAAAAUCAAUAAAAAAUUUAACAAAGAAGAGUAUAUUAAAAAUGAGAAGAUUAGUUCAUAUUUAAUAUAACAUUUAUUGA